UUCCAGAAACCCUUGUCCCCCCACCCGCCGUUCCGCGUAAAACCUUUGUCUUCGUGACUGGAAAGGCAGCGACGGGAUAUCCACGUCCAAGACCUCCAAAACUCCCAUCUUUCUCCUCCUUCCGGUCUCCAACCAUCGAGGAAGUUAGACAGGAUUUAGCAUAAAUCCUGCUUAGAACAAGCCACGAUCGGUGCUAGAGCGUGGACACCAAGAUUGCGGCGAGAAGCCACUGUUGUCCUGCUUUCCUAUUCAUUAUCUGCUUCAAAUGAACGACGUCAUUGAUGGGGCAGCCGAGAAGGUCUCCGAGCUGUCCGUCAAUCCCAUCGCGGCGGAUGCGCCGAGCAAAAAUGCUCUGAAGAGGGAGUUGAAGAAGAAACAGAAGGAAGAUGAGAAGCGCCUCAAGGAAGAAGAAAAGAAGAAGAAAGCUGCCGACACGCCAAAGUCCCAAUCUCAUAAGGAUUCUGCAGUAGAAGAUGAUGAUAUGGAUCCAACGCAAUAUUAUGAGAAUAGGGACAAGUACCUCGCAUCCCAGAAGGCCACUGGGGUAAACCCAUAUCCCCAUAAGUUUCAAGUUUCGAUCUCUAUUGAAGAAUACAUUCAGAAGUAUAGUAGUCUCAACCAAGGGGAGCAUCUCAAAGAUGUAGAAGUUAACUUGGCAGGGAGAAUUAUGAAUAAGAGGACUUCUUCAUCUAAGCUUUACUUCUACGACUUAUAUGGCGUCGGUGCCAAAGUGCAAGUAAUGGCUGAUGCUAGGGACUCAGACUUGGGUGAAGUUGAAUUUUCUAGACUACAUGCUGGUGUGAAACGUGGUGAUAUUGUUGGGAUUUGUGGCUACCCAGGGAAGAGUAAAAGAGGGGAGCUUAGUGUAUUUCCAAAAACAAUUGCUGUUCUUUCUCAUUGUCUUCACAUGAUGCCAAGGCAAAAAGCUGCUCCUGGGGCUGAUAAUCCUUCCAUAAAGAAACAUGAAGGAAUAGUGGGAUCUAAAUGGGUUCCAGGUUUGCCCAGGAAUUGUGAAACAUAUGUUCUGAAGGACCAGGAAACUCGCUAUCGUCAACGCUAUCUAGAUUUAAUGUUGAAUCAUGAAGUUAGAGAAAUAUUUAAGACGAGAGCCCGGAUCAUUUCAUACAUCCGGAGAUUCCUCGAAAACUUGGACUUUUUGGAGGUAGAGACCCCCAUGAUGAACAUGAUUGCCGGUGGAGCAGCUGCCAAGCCCUUUGUUACCCAUCACAAUGAGUUAAACAUGAAAUUGUACAUGCGAAUUGCCCCUGAAUUGUACCUCAAGCAGCUUAUUGUUGGCGGGCUUGAUCGUGUCUAUGAGAUUGGAAAACAAUUCAGGAAUGAGGGAAUUGAUUUGACUCAUAAUCCAGAAUUCACGACUUGUGAAUUUUAUAUGGCUUAUGCAGAUUACAAUGAUUUGAUGGUCCUGACUGAACAAAUGUUAUCUGGAAUGGCGAAAGAACUGACCGGUGGUUAUAAAAUAAAAUUUCAUUCUAAUGGAGUGGAUGAGGAACCAAUAGAGAUUGAUUUUACACCACCUUUUAGAAGGAUCGACAUGAUUGAAGAAUUGGAAAGAUUGGCAAACCUGGAUAUACCCAAAGAUCUUUCCAGUGAGGCAGCAAAUAAGUACCUCUUAGAUGCAUGUGCAAAGUUCGAUGUUGCAUGUCCUCCACCUCAGACAACUUCAAGGCUGCUGGACAAGUUGGUUGGUCAUUUCCUUGAGGAAACUUGUGUGAAUCCUUCAUUCAUCAUUAACCAUCCUGAGAUCAUGAGUCCAUUAGCAAAAUGGCAUAGAUCACGACCAGGUUUAACUGAGAGGUUUGAAUUGUUCAUCAAUAAGCAUGAGGUUUGCAAUGCGUACACAGAACUGAAUGACCCCGUUGUGCAGCGUGAACGUUUUGCAGAACAACUGAAGAGUCGUCAAUCAGGUGAUGAUGAGGCAAUGGCUUUUGAUGAAUCCUUUUGCACUGCCCUUGAAUAUGGUUUACCCCCAACUGGUGGUUGGGGAAUGGGAGUAGAUCGUCUGACCAUGUUAUUUACUGAUUCACAGAACAUUAAGGAAGUUCUUCUAUUUCCAGCAAUGAAGCCUCAAGAUGAACCUUCAUCUAAGGCUUAGGUUAAUCAACCUGCUGCAUAGGUUGUGCUCAUUGGUUAUGGGAAGCGCAGCAGAAACUCGAAAGCGAAAGAUUUACCAAUAUAUGAAUUUUGUUCUUCAACUUAUCUAUUUUAAAUUAUUAACAUUCAUGUAUAAUUUAUAUGUAUGGUUGGCACAUUCGACUCCAAAUCAUGUUUGAACGUCUAACAUUAUAUUUUUCUGAUGAUUAGUUGAAAUGCUGAUUCA